AUGUUUCAAGACAUAAACUCUACAAAACCCUUAAGAAGCCGCCUGUUUAACAUUGGCCUUAGAGUAUUGUCUAAUAGAGAGUGCGGCUCUUUGGAAGCCAGUGACACUCUACUUGGUAUUCCUUUGUACGGUACAGAUCCUACCACAACAAUUCGAUGGCUCGACGUUAACAUCUUUCGCAACCGGCGCGUUAAAUCUAAAUCUGAUAUGAUGAUGCUAGAACCGGAGUCUACCGAUAUUUAUUACGAGUCUUGGAUUGAUGACCACUAUCCUAAACGGCCUAAAGAAUUGGAGAAUACUCACUUAUAUAGUUUCGCUCAAAAUUACGAUAUUGUUAAAACACGCCCAGUCUCCUCUAAAGUCAAGUACUACGAGAUAAAUGAUGGUAAAAAGUUCCUGAAAAGAAGAGCUAACCCAUAUUUAAUUAAUCACUAUUUCUACGACGGAGAACAAGUACCAGAGAAAUACUUCUUCUCUUUACUUCUUUUAUUCAAGCCAUGGCGUUCCUUAGAUGAACUCAAAAUGGGGUGUGAUACUUACACGGAGGCCUUUAAUUUUGCGAAAGAAGAUUUAAAAGAAGGAAUCGAUUAUGGUAAUUCAAUGAUAGAGUCCUGA